GCGAAACAAGGUAGAGUCAAUGAGCUGUUAUAAAGUCAACGCCUUACUAUUACUACUACUCUGCCACACAUCUGGUUAAACUGUUUCCAUGGUUUAUGUCGUACUGCUGCCUACCCCAUACCUACUAGAUAGUCAUAAAUGAAGAUCCACAAUGACCUUUAUAUUAAGAAGAGGGGGUUCUCUUCUAAGAUCUUCAUUGAUACAGAGACCUGCUGUAACUGCCCUACUGAGAAACUCUUCAGGAGACGCAGCCAUUGAUCAACAUCGGGAAAAAGCAUUGAUUUUAGAAAGUCCAUUAGUUGACGCAUCCCUUGAUUGCCAUCCAAAGAGUGAAGAGAUUUAUGAUGCAGUUGCACCUAUUAAGAAGAAAAAUAAUGCCCUUUCAAUUGCCAAGGAAGACGAGUUAAUUGAUGUUGCGCCUGAGAUACGUCCAACUUUCAACUUAGCCGCAUAUGCAAAUAAGUCACAUACACUGCAGCAAAUGGUAAAACUUGGUGUCAAUUUGACCAGGUGGGAAAGGGACCAAGAAUUCAGCACAUACAUUCUUAAACAGGAUUUCGAAGACUUGAAGCAGCAUAUAAUAUUUCUUAAUGACGUGGGUGUGGUUGCUGACGACUUGGGACGAUGGCUGAGUCUUAAUCCUCAUAUAUUUAGAGAAAGUAUUGACGAUCUACAAGUACGAAUCAAUUACCUCAUUUCAAAAAAGUUUGAAGAGUCACAGAUCUCAAGAAUAGUAAUACGUAACCCAAAAUGGCUCUUGUACAGUACUGUAGAAAUUGAUAGCAAAUUGGGAUAUUUUCAACGAACGUUUAAGCUGAGUAACACUGAAGUAAGACUUCUUGCCACUAAACAACCUAAGUUGAUCACCCAUGACUUGGAACUCAUCAAGAAGAGAAAUUUCUCUGUCCUAGAGGAGAUGGGUUUUUCAGCUGAUGAAAUGAAGAGUUUAUUACUCAGUAAACCGAAGUUGUGGAUGUUGCAUGGUGUAUCUCUUAUGCGUCGCUUUGAUUACAUCCACAAUCAAAUCGGUUUCACUCAUACGCAGUUAGUCGAUUUCCCUAAAGUAUUAAUGUCUAGAGAUUUUAGGAUUAAGGAACGUCAUAAAUAUUUGAAAUUAAUUGGCAGAGAUCAGUUUGAUCCUUCGAAACCAAAUUAUGUUUCUCCUGAUUCAUUGGUAGCUGGGGAUGAUGCUGAAUUCUGUACUAAUGUGGCAAAAACUCCAGUUAAAGAUUUUAAUAACUUUUUGAAAACUAUGUGAUUUUUGUAAUAUUUCAAGUAGUCCAUGAUAGGUAUAAUUUUCCAAACAUAAAUUACUUCUUAUACAAAACAAAACUUUUUGUAUGUAUAUGAAUUGACAGUUAUGUUGUUGGUAUAUAAUAAAAACAAAUAUUUAACAAACAAUA